AUGGCAGGAUUGGUGGCCAUCACCACCAAAAUAACGGAACUGCAAAAGCAUGGAAGUCCUGAUAUAGUAAUGGCUUUAGUCGGUAACAAAGCUGAUCUCCAAGAAAAGCGAGAAAUCCCAGUUGAAGAUGGCACCGACUAUGCAGAAAAGAAUGGGAUGUUUUUUAUCGAGACGUCUGCUAAGACAGCAGAUAAUAUAAAUCAGCUGUUUGAGGAAAUUGCUAAGCGAUUGCCCCGUCCAUCACCUUCAUGA